AUGGCUACCCAGCGGGCACACAGGGCAGAGACACCCGCACACCCCAACCGCCUGUGGAUCUGGGAGAAGCACGUGUACUUGGAUGAGUUUCGUCGAAGCUGGCUGCCCGUAGUCAUCAAGAGUAAUGAAAAAUUCCAGGUGAUCUUGCGCCAGGAAGAUGUCACCUUGGGAGAAGCUAUGUCCCCCAGUCAGCUGGUGCCUUACGAGCUGCCUUUAAUGUGGCAACUGUACCCCAAGGACAGGUACCGAAGCUGCGACUCCAUGUAUUGGCAGAUCCUGUACCAUAUCAAGGUCCUGCAGCUCCUGUCUGCCUUGCCCAGGCCUGGCCCCACAGGGGAGAUGUUGGUACUUAUGUUCUCUCUGUUCGCUAGUCAUGUCCUUUUUCCUCUACACUGGGCUCCAAGAAGAAAACUACGCUGCCCUUCCCAUGCUGCUGUUGCCUGCUCGGCUGCCUUGGUUGGUCCCUCAGCGCUGCUGACUCCCUGGCAAGGGGCUCCAGAGAAGAUCCCAGUUCUCCUCACCUCCUCUAGGCGCUCAGUGGUGUCUGUGCCUCUGAUCUUCUUAGCUGAUUGA